AACUAACGAUCCCCAGUGGGGACGGGGCGGCGUCAUGAGCGUUAAAACGCACCAGGUGAAGCGCGGCUUGUCUGCGUGUCCUAGCACACGACUAGCCCUGGCAUGCAAUCCACUCUCGCGAAUUAUGGUCUUUAUAAUCCUCGGGCGCCCCCAGACCCCUCGCGUGUGGUAGGAGUUCUCAACGCUAUUUGCAACCCAUUGUGCUUCCAACUCAGACACCAGACAUCAAUACCUUGUCACCAUGUCUGAUUAUUCUGCAUCCCCGUCCGACCAUCACAACGAAAUCCAAGCACCGAAACGAAAAGCCACCCAGGCCGGCCUCGAUGGACAUGCAACCGGACGUUCAGUAAAGAGAAGGGCUUCCAAAGCUUGUCAAUGCUGUCGAGCUCGCAAAGUGCGAUGCAAUGUUACAGAGCACGGCGCUCCUUGCACAAAUUGCCGACUCGACGAAGUCGACUGCAUUGUGUCAGAGAGCAGGCGCAAAAAGAAAUGGAGCAAAGAUGACGAACAAACUACGGAAAACACAAGCGUAACAGCAACUGCCACACGCAAGAUCGCGUCGCGUGAUGCGCUCGACGGUGCUCAAAACCUAAAUCGAUCUUCGUCGCGAGGGUCACAUGAGGCGGAAUCGAGACGAGACGAGCAUGUACCACAUUCCAUAUACCAAAGCCAUGGCCAUCGUAUUAAUUCUGUCGCGAGCAUUUCGGAUAUCCAACGCCGUCUUUCCAUCACUUCGCAGAUCAAUGGCCUGCCUACACUACCAUUUUCGCCGUUUUCCAACGAACCGCGAGCACCCUUUUUUGGAAGUUUACCGCAAAAACCCGCUCCCGGCGAGUUGCCUCGAUUCAUCAAACCUCUUCCGGCCAAAAUCGGACCUGAUGAGAUUGCGUAUCUGGAGAAGAAAGGCGCACUGUCUGUACCAAAGGGGAAUCUUCGCGGCGAAAUGCUCCGAGCAUACGUUGAAUUCGUUCAUCCGUACAUGCCCCUUUUGGAUCUGCAUGACUUCUUGUCAAUGAUCGACAAAAGAGAUGGCAGCAAAGGGAAAGUUAGCUUGAUCCUGUUCCAGGCCGUCAUGUUUGCCGGAUCGGCGUUUGUUGACAUGGAAUACUUGCGUACCGCUGGCUACGCUACUCGAAAAGACGCGCGCAAGGACUUUUUCCAAAAGACUAGAAUCCUCUACGAUUUUGAUUACGAGUCCGAUCGUGUGUCACUUGUUCAAGCACUCUUGUUGCUGACGUACUACUACGAGACUCCCGAUGACCAGAAAGACACCUGGCAUUGGAUGGGCGUCGCAACGUCCGUUGCCCACACUAUCGGGCUGCACCGCAACCCAGAUAAUACCAACCUGGAUAGCAAACGCGUCAAGCUCUGGAAGCGAAUAUGGUGGUCAACAUAUAUGCGUGACCGACUCAUUGCACUUGGCAUGCGACGACCGACAAGGAUAAAGACCGAGGACUUCGAUGUGCCUAUGCUGACGUUGGAUGAUUUCGAGAUUGCACCUCUUCCGGAAUCGAUCACUUGCCUACCAGCUGACUGCCGCAUUGCACGAGACGUGGAUGCGCAGCGGCAGCUAGCUAUCAUGUGCAUUGAGAAGGCUCGACUGUGUCUGUGCAUUUCCCAUGUGCUAUCAAAGCAAUACUGCGUAUUGAACAACAACCACGGACUUCAGAAUGACCGCACAACCAUGAUGUUGCUUCCGAAGAAACUGGAUCCCGAGACUAGUGAGGUCAAGGCUUGCGAUGAAGAACUGCAGAAAUGGGUGUCGGAACUCCCGGAUGAGGCCAAGUAUACAGACACGCCCAGCGGUGAGGCAGCAAUUGAUCUUGCAAGGUCACUGCUGCACAUGGUCUUCUUCACUACGCUGUCUGCCCUACAUCGGCCCCAGGUUUUACCAAACUCACAAGGCGGUCCAGCAAGCGCCCCAACGAAGGAGAACGUCGAAUCUGAACUCCUAGAUGUUUCUCGCCGAAAUGUUCGUCGUGCAGCUUCAGCUAUCACAUCGAUUGCGCAGCGUCUGGAUGUAGGCGGUCUCGUUAAGUACCUGCCAACAACGGGUGUCACAGUUCUUCUGCCAGCAAUCAUUAUUCACCUACUUGACAUCAAGGCGCCAGAAGAGGAGACUCGUCGGUCAUCUCUACGUGGCUUCUGCCAGUGCAUGGCUGUCAUGGGCAAGCUGCGAGAUCUUUACGCUGCUGCCGAUUACUCCGUGGCUUUCUUAGAAGCCGCCAUUCGCAAAGCAGGUAUCCAUGUUGCUCCUGUGGCAGCUGCUCAAGCUGUGCCGAUGCCCAAGCCUUCGCCCGUAACGACCGUAGAAGAUCUGGUAGAUGCCGGAAGACGACUCGAUAUGGCCAACACAACGACAACUGCAACGCAAAAUGUACGGCCCUCAACAUUGACUCCGCCGCCAGACCACGGCACUACUAACAUGCUCGCUUUGGAAAAGCAGCACAAUCAGCCCAAUGUUACAGAUGAGGAAGUCGCUCGCCGCCUCGAGACUUUCCUUGCAUCUACCCCGCCAGAUUCUGAUCACGAGCACAUGCCCAGUAUCACUAUUGCCGAAGAGUCACACCUGGCUGAUGUCACGGCUCCUGCAUCGAACUCCCACACAAACGACAACCUUAACUCUAUGAAUUUUAACAAAUGGAGCACGAUGGACCUUGCAGCGAAUCCAUUUACCAACAACAUCAACCAUCACCAGGAUGAUGAGAUGCUUUUCUCUAGCUUACCACUGAACAACGAAUUCGACGACGGUGACUUUGAUCAGUUGCUCAAUCUGGAUGCAGUUGGCGAGGCGUUCAAUUUCGACGACUCGGCACUGGAAAGCAACAUGGGCCUUGGAGACGUAGACUGGCUUGGUGCUGGUAAUGACCUGACAGCAGAGGCAUAAGAGGAAUAGCUCGAUCAUCGAGCACGAUGUCACGAUUUCUCUUGCAUAACGGAAAAGUUCUUUUAUGGGAUUUCUUUGGAUCUGCGGCACUUUUCUUUGCGAAGAUAUCCAUUUCCUUGUCAUGUUCUUCUGUGUACGCCUUUUGUUCAGAUGGUGACAAAUGGGAUGGGAAUGUAAUAGGAAAAGCACGUUUGUUGGCGACGAUGAAGAACGUUGCUUACAUAAUACGCUGUUCAGCACGACGAUAUGAAUUGAACCACGUAUACGACUCCA